GUUUGUUCAAAUUGUUUAUUCUUCGGCUCCACUGAGUGAGAAAGCAAACAAUCAGUGAUCCAGUGCAGAUUCACUGAACAAAGAUCAAAUUCACUGCAUCUAAAUUAAAUGAAAAAACAAUUCUUCAUCUUCAGUGUAGCGAGAAAUUACCAUAGGACAUUUGCCUCGAAAUCUUUCGCGAAUUGUCGAUCACAAAAUGUUUAGGCGCUGACCGCUUAAAUCGGUAUUAAAUUUCUUAUUACAAGCUGCGAAAAAUUCAGAAAUGUUCGUUAAAAAGUCCGAAGAUUUCCUUUCAUUAGCUUAUCGGCAAGGAAUGUUUCCACCAGAAGCAGGGAAAACCAUUGGGCGUGAAGUCAAUAAAAAUACCGCACGCUGAUUGGCUGAUUUCGUCAAACACUUGUCACGAUUUAAAAAUAACUCGAAAAUUACGUAAUGCGUUUUGGUGCUCUCCCAGCGCGGGAAUCUGAGAAUCUCGAAAAGCGUGUGGCGUUCUCGCGAAGUUUGUUCAAGAAUCUUGCUUUUUUCAAGUGGUUUGGAGAUUAUUAUGGUGAAACCAAGCAUUGGAGUUGGUUGAUAACAAAUCUUCUCUCGCGCUGGUGAAGUUAAGCCCCAUCCGGCGUAAUUGUUACACCUUACCAAUGCUCUAUGUUGGAAUUUACACAACAUGCCUACAGCCUUCGAACACGGAUCUUAUUUUUAGUGUUUCUUGCAUUCUUCGUGUCUACGGGACUCACCGAUACUCAUUCGAACGCGUGCACGGACGAGCAAUCGACCAGAAACAGGAAGUUAUUCAAUUUCCGAAAGUUUGGCAACGCUUCUGGGCUGGAACAGUGUGUGGAUUUCUGUUGCAGAGAUGACAUAUGCGAGCUGGCAAUUUUUUCGCGCGGAUUUCACUGUUAUGGUGUGUCGUGCGACGAACCAGAACUUUGUCAUAAAAUAUUGGAUCGCUUGUUGAUGGAAGAUGAAAGGCAACUGGUACGGAGUACGAGAAAUGCAGGAACAAAAGAUUUUAUCAGGCACACUUCACAAGUGGCCAACCCAAGAUGUCCGCAGAGAUUUGUGCCCAGUUUUCACGUCCUUCUACUUGGUACCAGUUCUCCGCACGAGUUUCGAAAACUGCGUCAGCAUUCAGACGUAGGUUCAGGCCAGUGUAGUGCACAGUGUUGUAAAUCACGUGGCUGUUUGUUAUCUUUUAUCGAAGAUGAGGAGUGUUAUGGCGUUACCGGAGGUAAAGCUAAAACUAACAGUACAAAGGCGAUACAGGAAUCCAGUAUUGGUCUUCAAGUUGCCAUAAUUGAUCGAAAUAAAGAGGUGUCCAGAAGCUUGGAUGAAGACGAAGACCCGGAUGACCUGGGUUCCGAUGACAGCGACGUCAAACAGGAGGUCGCUACUCAAACGCAAGCGAAGCCACAACAUCCUUCGCCCAAGGUCGAAGUAAAAGUGCAGACCACUCUAACCAACAAAAUGUCAUCAACCACAAAUUCACCCAAAACCGUGACAAAAACAAAUGGCAGCAAAGUUUCCAAGGAGCGUUAUUUUCAGAUUGCUCCGACGAAAGGAUCUUUUCAAUACCCACAGCAUUUCAUUACCAAAUUGCACGCAGUGCAUUCAUCAGUUGGAGAAAACAAAAUCCAUUCAAAACUUUCAACUAAAAAGAGGAUUAUGAGACCAGAUAUAAAACUAUUGCCACCUGCUAAAGGCUACUCGAGUCACAGAACUCAGAGAAGAAAUAUGAAUCCGAAAUCAAAUCUCAAACUUGCGGAGGGAAACUUGAGCUCUGCGGCCAAGCCGAUUAAAAGGGCGAACCCUUCUAAGAUCAAACCCACAGCAAAGGUCACACCGGCAACAAAAGGUGGAAAAACCGCUGAAGCAAGACGUGGAGCCCAAAGCAUUAGCACUGAGGGAUACUCUAAGAUAAAACAUGAUGUUAAACAUCUUGAACAAACCAAAAAGACAGUUACUGUUAAAAAAGCCAGCAGGGCUAAUUCUGGAGCAAUGAAAACUGGCAAAGAGAAUCAAGGAGAUACUUUCAAAAGCUCCGUUGAAAAGUCUAAUUGGUAUAUUCCACGGCUUACGGAAGGCUUUAGCGAGGGUUCAACCAGUGGAGAUGAAGAGUGGAGUGGAGGAAAUGACAAUUUGGGUAGAGGAAAUAGAGGUUUCAGUGGGGAAGACCUAGAUUUGAGUGGAAAUGAUAAAUACUUGAGUAUAGAACAUAACGAUUUCAGUGGAGAAAAUAGUGAUUUAAGUGGGGAAGACGAUUUGAGUGGAGAAGAUAUAGAUUUUUCCGGAAAAUAUCACGAUUUCAGUGGAGAAAAUAGAGAUCUAAGAUUUGACGAUAAAGAUUCGAGUAAAAACGAUAAAGAUUUGAUGGAAAAUAAUGACGUUUUGAGUGGAGACGCCAAAGAUUUCCAAGAGGACAAUGAUGUAAAAAAGAUAACUCAUCGUGCAAUGCAGGAAAAAACCUACGUAGGAGAAGACAAAGAAGGGCAAACGAGAAGAAAAAUUGAUCUUGUUAAAGAUUUGGAUGAGCUUGGAUCGGAUGAGGAGGACAGUGACCAAAGCAACAAAGAACAAAGUAAACUGGCCUCAAGAAAAGUUUCAAAUUUACCACGAAUAAAACACGUGACAUCCGGCAUAUUAAACACGAAAAAGAACAGCAAAAUGGACGGUUAUGGACAAAGGAAAUCUGAGCGAGUAAAUGUUCAUCAAAAACAGCAGCAAGACAAAGAAACAAAACAGGAUUCAAAUGUUUCAACUAGAAGGAUGAGCAGACCAUUACGAGGCAAAAAAAGAUUAAAGAAUGGCGCUAAUGUUGAAACACGGCCCCGUCAGUCUGGUUUGGUAAAGCAUAGUGUUAUUGUUAGCUCUUUAGGAGCAAAACGUUUAAAAGAUAAUCUGAACGAUCGAAAUGGAAAAGGUCAAAAAGUAACCCACGAUGUUAAAGCAAAUGGCAAUAGCCUUACUUCAGAACACUCGACAAAGAAAAGUACUGAAAGUAAUAAACAGCUUAAAAGUAGAAAGGAAGGGAAGAUAAAAACUCGACAAGACCAUCAGCGACAAAGAAUGAUCAAGUCAACGGUAACUGCGACAAAAUUCGCCAAGUUGAGUGGCCUCAAAACUGCAUCUGGCCGGAGUAUUAAACCAAAGGACAAGAACAGAGACACAAAAACUAGCCAGUCGCUCUCCGGUAGAACACAGAGUGGAAUGAAUAAACAAGGCCAAAUUAUUACAAAAUACAAACAGGUCACAAAUAGCAAAAAAUACAAAAUACGAGGGGCAUCGUCAAUGAGAAAAACAUUCAAAGUCAUAUCCCCUACGCGUGGAAGUAAAACUUCACUGAACGCUCUUGGAACAGCACACAACAAUACGACAGUGUCAUCCCAAAAAAGAAAAAUGGAAACUUUGAAAGAUGCAGUAAGAAGCCAAAAGCAUUUAAAAUCCAAGGAUGAUGAGUCAUCGAAAUCAGAAUCCAGUCCAGGAAAUUCGAAUGCUAAAGGUGAUAACUCAAAAACGAAACACAGGAAAUCCUUGGAAUCUGAAAAAUUUCAGGAAAGACAAAUAAGACGUGACGAUCGGAAACUUACCAUGUCAGGAAGUUAUAGAACAAUUAGUCAAAAAGAAGGAGAACGUAAGUUUACAAAUUUAAACUCCACAUUGGAGGACACCGGGAAUCUUAUGCAUUAUGCACAUAGAAAAGUAUCUCCUAAACAUAAACCAUCAGUGAAUCGUCAUGUUCAGCGUUAUUUGCCCACUAAGAAGAGGGCGACGUUCGUUAAAACUACCUCUCUUUCCAAAGAAAGUCAUAGGAAUUACAAGACCAAUCGUUCUGAGACAGUGCAAGCAAAAAGGCCUCAUUUCCAUCCGAUGGUUCGUGUCUCACAAAAAGAGCACAAGUCUCCACAUGUAAAACCGACUACUUCCAAGCAUCCAACAACUGCAACUUUGAAAAAGAGAUCACACGAUAAAUUGGUAGGCCAUAAAUCAUUGGUAACAACACCAAGGACCCAUUCUCAUCACACUCUAGCUGUCCUGUCGACUGACAAGCCAGAUGAUGUAUCUUCUAACGAAAACGUUUCCUUGGUAUCUCAUCCAACCUUUUCAUUCAGUCCUCAGUUGAUCAAUAAGGAAACAAAUUCCUCAGUGCGGAUUCAUACUUCUUCGAACAAUGCAUUACUUUCUCUAAAACAACGCAGUAACACAAACACUUCAGACACAAAAGCAAGCCUCUUAGCUCAUUUUCAUCAGGCAGACAGCAGCGGGAGUGAUGGCGUCGAGUUUUCCGUAAAAUCUCACGGAAAACACCACAGACGUAAGGGGAAACACGAAGAAGCCAUUGAUGUAGAAGAUCUUGGAGACGCUGAUUUUGAUAUAAUGAUGUCAAACGAUAUUCCUCACAAAGACUUGCCUAUAUCUCCUAAACAUAAACCAUCAGUGAAUCGUCAUGUUCAGCGUUAUUUGCCCACUAAGAAGAGGGCGACGUUCGUUAAAACUACCUCUCUUUCCAAAGAAAGUCAUAGGAAUUACAAGACCAAUCGUUCUGAGACAGUGCAAGCAAAAAGGCCUCAUUUCCAUCCGAUGGUUCGUGUCUCACAAAAAGAGCACAAGUCUCCACAUGUAAAACCGACUACUUCCAAGCAUCCAACAACUGCAACUUUGAAAAAGAGAUCACACGAUAAAUUGGUAGGCCAUAAAUCAUUGGUAACAACACCAAGGACCCAUUCUCAUCACACUCUAGCUGUCCUGUCGACUGACAAGCCAGAUGAUGUAUCUUCUAACGAAAACGUUUCCUUGGUAUCUCAUCCAACCUUUUCAUUCAGUCCUCAGUUGAUCAAUAAGGAAACAAAUUCCUCAGUGCGGAUUCAUACUUCUUCGAACAAUGCAUUACUUUCUCUAAAACAACGCAGUAACACAAACACUUCAGACACAAAAGCAAGCCUCUUAGCUCAUUUUCAUCAGGCAGACAGCAGCGGGAGUGAUGGCGUCGAGUUUUCCGUAAAAUCUCACGGAAAACACCACAGACGUAAGGGGAAACACGAAGAAGCCAUUGAUGUAGAAGAUCUUGGAGACGCUGAUUUUGAUAUAAUGAUGUCAAACGAUAUUCCUCACAAAGACUUGCCUAAAAAAGGAAAGGGUGAAAAACGAGACCAGAAGCACACAAAGAAAGGUGAAGGGAAACAACGUGACACAAAGGAUGAUGUUAGUGGAAAGAAAAGGAAGAAAGGCAACUCGCAUGAGAAAGAUGAGGAGGACGACAUUGACAAAUCAGACACGAGUUCUGCUAAGAGCCAUUCCUCUCACAAACACAAAGAUAAAAGUGAAGAAAUAAAGAAAAGCACCACCAACAAGCAUCAUUAUCAUCAUCACUACCAUCGCGAAGAUGAUGCUGACAAAGACCAAGAUGAACAGAGAGGGGAUGAAAAGGAAUCACAUCAACACCAUCGCAAACACGACAAAUCCACAAAUUCCGAACAGAAAGACAGCGAGAGAAAGAAUCGCCACCAUAACACGCACAAGAAACACUCAAAUCCUGUCAAGAAAGUCGAGAACGAUGAUGGUGACGACAAUAGCAACAUUGUAGAAGGUAUCCAUGCAAAACAUCACCACAAGAAGGUUAAAACAGACGAUAGUCGAAAGGACGAUUCGGAGAAUGAAGGAGAGAAGGAACACCGCCACCAUCACAAGCAUAAAAAGCAUUAUGAUGAUAAUCAUUGGGAGGGGAAGAUCAUUCCUGGGAAAGUGAAGCUUACUUAUGAGGAGGACAGUGGCAAGAAACGACAUCACAAGCAUUAUGCUCGAGGAGAUGAUGAAAACUCAGAGAGGAAGAAGGAACACCAUGGGAGGAAACACACUUUGAAAGAACAUGAAACCCACAGCGAUAGCGACGAGGAAAGGAAAAUUAAAAAACACCACAGACAUUCCGAGGAAAAGACAUCUCAUACCCAUGAGCAUGAAGAAGAUGAUUAUGAAAAGAACGAAGAGCACAAAGAAUAUAGAGAAGACGAUGAAGACAGACAUCAGUCCGAAGAUCGGCAUAAGGACGAAGAAAAAGAACGUGCAGAAAAAAGAACUGAUGUUAACUACGAGGUGGUUAAAAAGGAUCGACAUGGGUUGGUUCACAAAGAAACAAAUGAUGAUGACGAUAGUGAAUCUUCAAAAAGAAAACAUGAUAAUAAUGAUGAUGAUGAUGAUGAUGAUAGUGAUGAAAAACAAAACAGUGAGAAUGACAGUGAUGAAGACAAAGCCAGCGCAGACGGCGAUAAUGGCAGCAGUGAAAAUUUGUCACAUAAUCGAGUAGUUUUAGGUGAGGAUUCUGAAAGUGACGAUGACGAUGAAGACAAGCAUGCAGAGGAAAGUCGUAAAAGUCAUAACAGGCACGGGCACGGAAAAGAACAUGGCGACAAUGAGAGAGAAGAUGCAGGGUACGAUACAGAGGAUCACGACAGUACUAGCCAUGAAGAAGAUAACAAACCUGCUUUUCACAACAGGCAUAAACAGGAAAGACAUUGGGAAUCAAAACACAAACAUUUCGUGUCCCAUGAACAAUCUAAUACUGAUGAUGACAAUGAUGAUGACCAAAAUAAUUUCAAAAACAGUAGGAGGAAUUUCAGAAAAUCGUUUAUAUAUCACAGGAAAAGGAAGAAACAAAGGAGAUUUAGACAACAUAAUGAAAACGAGAGGGGUAGGGAAGAGGAAUUUAACAAAGAUAAUCAAGACGAGGAAUUUCAUGUUCAUAAGAAACAUCCGGACAACAUUUCUAAACAUCGUCAUUAUCAUCACAGACCUCGCGAUGGAAAUGAUAAUGAGAACACGGAAACGUAUGACGACCGUUAUGAACCAAAAGAAACACACGGCGAGGACUCCUUUAGACAUGACGAAGGAGGUUAUGAAAGCAACCACGAACACAACGAAGAAAAAAUGCGUGACUAUGAGAGACAACGAGAGGAAUCAGAAAAGUUCCAGAAGCCAAAUGUUGAAUUUGAGGAACACAAUGACAAACGCUUUCAUCACGAAAAAGAGCGUCACCACGGUGGUUACAUUUCUCGUGAGAGAGAUCACGAUGAACGGAAAUUUAAGGAAGAUCUACACGACAGGAAUUUCCCAGACGUUCCUCAUCGACACGAGCAAGAUGCUUACAAAGAUAGAUUUAGAGAAGGUGAGAGGCCAGCUGAUGAUGAUGAAGAUCACCGUGCAUACUAUAUCGAGGGCCGCAAAUAUGAGCCCAGGCAUAGGAAAAAGGGAGAUCGGAAGCAUCGCCACUUUCACGCGGUCGAAGAGCAGGACCUUGAAGGAACUGGAGGUUCAUUUGAUUCAUCAGCGUGGAUGCACGGCGAAAAUUCAGAGGAUGAUCAUUAUUAUGGUGGCGAAGGCAACCAGGAAUACCACAGAAAGAAGCACCGCAAGCAUAAGCAUCGUAAACACAGGCAAAGCUAUGAAUACUGGGCUUACAGAGAACAAAAUCCAUACUACUACAGUUACAACUACCACAAGUCUCGACCUCGAUAUGGAUAUUAUAAACCGCAGCCCACUGUUCGUCCUCCCCCUAGGUGGCAUAAAUACCACUAUGGAGGUUACGGCAGAUGGAAGCCAAAGCCUACUAGCUUCUACCCAAAUAAGGAACAUUGGGAUAGGAAACCAUCUUGGAGAUCAUUUGAGGAGAAUAAGCCAACAGACGGAUACCAGUGGCACACGUUUUACAGUGACCGUGGUGGCACAAAUCAACCCAAACCCACUCCUUACCCUAUGGCACCUUCUCAUGCCUGGCUUCCCACAAAUCCAAGAUGGCAACAACCCGAUCAAUCACAGCGAGGAUUUGGAGGUGGCACUUGGUCUCCUGGCCACGGUCAGGCUCCAGAAAAACAAUACAAAGACUGGAGUAAACAAGGGCCAUCAGCCCCAUUAAAUCAGGGUGCAGGCAAUUACCGGCCUCAGCAAAAUUCGGCUGGAUUGCAGCCGUCGAGAAGUCUCGGCUCUUCCAUGCCAGCCCGCCAGCAACAACCACAAGGCGUACAACCAAAGUACGUUCUUCCUACUCAAUCCAAUACAAAUGGGGUAGUUAGCCAGACAAGGUUUCGUCCUACGGUCCGCAGGCAAUAUCAAGCCCCACUGCCUUCGCAAGUCUCAAGCCCCACAAAUAUCAGCCAAAUUAAGAGUAUUAUGGAUAAGUUGAACACGCCGCCUUCGGCUGUAGGUGAUCUGCAGGCUGGCGGUGCUCCAACUGUCAAUCCAGUUCCAGCACAGAACAAUGCUAAUAACAAAAGUGGACUCCUUAGGAUGAACUUAACGUCCGAUGAUCAACUACAAAAUAGGAAUCGUCUGAAUGGAUUUUUUAAUGAAGAAAAUGGAGGAAAGAAGAAAUCUGAGAUCAUAAGGCCAACGAAUGUCAGUCAUGGUCUACAAGCUGCAGGAAAUUCAUCUUCAUCAGCAAACACUUCACACCACGUCCAACAAAAUCCACCCAGUAUCACCAGCACGCCAGCUAAACCUCUGCACUCCACCCAAGUAGCAAAUAAGACAACUGUAAGAAACACCACCCCUACACAGACAACAAGCAGCCACACCAGCAAGCCGACUGAACCUGCGCAGAACAGCUCCACAACAGCCACGCCCACACAUACGACUACCGUUGAGCAGACCCCUCCAGGACCGAACUUUGGAGACGUCUCUCAAUCCGAUGAUUCUUCAGAAACAGGAAAGAAGCAUCGCAAGCACCGAGCACCUGUCUGCAUCGCAGGAAAAACCACAGAUGACGUCACUCUGCUGCGAGGAAAAAGAGCAGGAAACUUCACCAACAUUGGUGACGUGGGCGACUUCGAGAUGUGUAUCAAACGGUGCUGCCAGCACCAGAAAUGCGACCUGGCCUUCAAAUCCGCAGAAACUUGCUUUCUUGUCAAUUGUUUCAGUAAAGAAUCGUGCCAGACCUCCCCCUCUCUUGACGACAUAUUUAGUCCGCGGAUGUGCUUUGUGACAAGGCAUUUGAAAGACGACGAGAAAGACACUCCAGGUCAAGACAGAGAUGAUGAAUGGAACGACAAAGUCUCCCCUUCAGGUAAUAUAAAGACAGAAAUAAGAAAUAACCACCACCUACAUAUAAAAAAAUAA